CUAUCCAGAACACAAAAGAAACCCAAAGAUCAGCACAGCGCUCCCGGCACGCUCCCUCCCGAGCCCCAGAGCCCCCCGAGCCGUUGGGCUCCGCCGUUAAACGGCCCCGCACCCUGUGGGUCCUGCGGCCCCGGGUCCAUCUCAAAGGCACAGCGUCCUUGGGCAUUGAGCGGACGGUUAAGGAAUAAAGCGGCUUCAUAACAUCACCCCAGGACAAGUCCUAUAGGUAUAAUUACUUGUAUUUUUUUCACUGAUGCUGGUAGUCACAAUAAGUUAUCUGAUCAGACUCCCAUGCUCUACCUACACACAAGAAAGCUGGGUUUGGAUUUUUGGUUAUGUUUUUUUUCUUCAGCUUAGCUCUUCCUCCCAUAUUGCCCUUUGCUGCCAAGCAAAAAGCUUUGUAGUGUCAUGGUUUUGUUGUUUGGAUUUUUUUUUUACACUGUAUUUGUAACUUUAGCUGAGACACUGGCUUGUGAUCACAUCUUUUUUUGAGAAAAAGAACAAGUGUAAAGAGAAAGGCUUUUAUAAGGAACAGUUUUCCUUACUGACUCUCACUGCUGCUCAUUUCUUUUGCCCAGUAGAUACCAGAUUAUUUGGUGGAUUUGUCCUUGUUUUUUGUUUGGACUGUUUUUUUGGUUUGCUUUUCUUCCCCUCAGGAAUAGGGAAUCUUCAGGAGAAAGUUUCACUAGAUGUUCUUAAUCAAAAAGCUGUCCAAAGAAAGUUCUGUAGAAUUGUAUAUAUUCAGGCUCAUGUGCAUGAGCAAAUAGCCCUGUAAAAUUUAACUUCAUGUCAUUUCUGGUACCUUCCCUUUUCUCUGACUGCGUAGAACAAUGAGUUUUGGUCCAAGUUGUUUAAUUUCUUUCUUUCGCAAGUGGGUGCUUCCCUGGUCAUGUAGAUUAAGAGCCAGCUACAUUUCUUUACUUGAAAUAAGAAGUUUAAACCUUAUUUAUAAAUGGUUUGUGGUUCCUUACCUCUUUCUUGAGAUUGACCUCAAGAGAUUGAUCAAACAUUGACCUCAUAAUUGUUUUGUGGAAGAUUAUUGGGUGGUCAUUUAAUGGAGAAAUAUCAGUAGUUUUAACAUGGCAUUAUAGCUUAGUACAAUUUAUUUAGAAGCGUCUGUUUCCUUUCUUUGGAAUCCUAGUUUAUUUUCCAUCCAGAUUCUGCUGAAAGGUAAAUCAUCCAUCACUCUUGACAUGGCAGCAUUUGAAAAGUCGUGUUUGGAAUUCCACAUGUUAAGCUUCUCUGUAUUUAGUAUGUCUAGUGCUCAAUUUCUAUUGUGACUUUCAUUUUCAGUCUAUAAUAAACUCCUUGCAGUUCUUGUCUUUUUCUCCUGGUUAAUUGUACAGCUUUGCUGCUGCAUUCCCUGUGUUUUAGCUUAUAUUUACAGUUGAUAAAUGGCUUAUGUAAUACAGAGGGAUAGAAGUUCCAAACUGUAUAAACUAAACAGUUAGGCAUGCACUCUUAUACUCCCUGCUCACAAUUUGGUUUUUUUGAGCAAACAAGUUCAUGGACUUUUAAGUUCUAAACCUGUCAAUCCUUCCUGUAACCUAACAAGGCCUAACGGAUUCUGUGCUGGAAGAAUAAACAAAAGAUGUGAAGAUGCAAAUUGGUCAUUAAAUGUGGUCUAAGGAACUGAGUUCUUUGUAGUUCCUAGGGAAAAAAGGGUCUUGAAUCAGGUAGUAUGGUGAAGGAAAUCUAAUGAGGAAACUUUUAGAACUUGAGUAUGUGUAUGAAUUAAAAAAGCAAACAAACAAAACCCCAAGCGAGGGUCUCUGGCAUUUGAAUAAACUUGGACCUCUGAAAGGUUUUGAUUGUUUUUAAAUGCAUGUAGUCCUGGAACUUACAUGCUUAGAUGCCUGGAACAACAACAGCAAAAAUAUUUGCACAGAUGGGAGAAAAGUAGAUACUAGUGUUAAAAAUAUCAGGACGUUUUGAGAUAGUUAGCAUUUACGCUUACAGAUUUUAAAUGUUUGUGCUGGUUUUGAUUCAGGUGUGAAAUAUUGAGGAGAGCUUGGAAUGAAACACUGUGUUAAAGAUAUAUUUUUUAAAGGCUGGAAACAUUUGAGAAUAAAAGCUUUAGGCGAUCUGUUUAAAUAUAUGCAUGCUUUGAUAAUAGAGUUGAUAGGGUGAGAAAAUCAGCUCUCAUUGUAUUUGGAAUAUUAUAUGUUAAUUUUAUGUUUGUAUCCAUAACUAAUAAGUUCACUUUUUUGCUAGUAUCUAGCCAAGAACUAUAGUCUUCUCAGGUCCUGCUUGAGCAGGAAAAAAUAGAGCUUGAAUGACAGACUUCUUGCUGCUUGUAAAAGCACCAAAUUUUUUCUUGAAAGUCUUUCACUGCUCACUUUUUGCUUUCAGUCUGAGUUGAAAGUAUUUUGUCUACUGGAAGGAAGAGCAUGGUGGAACAAUUACCUAAACGACGCUUACUUGAACUUCAUUUUUUACUUGCUACUUAUUUAUACUUAGAUCUAAAAAAGAUUGCAAGUUCUCUUGUUUGCAUUUUGUAAUGUAAACAGUUGCUCUUGUGUAGUUACUGUAACUUGAACAUGCUCAUAAAUACUGCUUUCAUGAACACGUGCAGGAGCUUAAGGAAAGAUGAGAGAGAUGUCUAAAGCAAGGUAAGAGAAUUAGAAUAAUUUGAACAAAAUGUUAUGUGGGAAGAGAGCAAUGGAAACGGAAAAUGCAGCUUCCUAGUAAAAUAAAGCAGUAACAUCUUAAUUUUAUUGAAGAUUAUAUGAUUGGGCAUUUUGCUUUUUUUGUUGAAGCCUCAGACUUUUUUUGUUUAUUAAUGGGCUUCAAAGAAAGAUGUGUAAAAAGGAAAUAAGUCUAAAUGCUGUCACAUAUUUAGGUAGUUUUAUAAAUUGUGGGAUAAGCUAAUUCUGGAGAGUGGGUUAUUUUAGCAUGGGGGCUGGCAGCACAAUGAAUAUGACCCAGUCAGAAUAGAUAGGGGUUAUAAUGACCUGGUUAGUUUGUGAUCAAUGCCUAAGUCCCUUUUCCUUCUCUCUGGUACAACUAGCCCAGGAAGAAUAAUUGUCCAGUGCAGUAAAGGAGGAAAUAACCAUCAAUCACUAGAGAAAAUGGAUGUGGCCUCAAGAAAGAAAAUAGAAAAAACAGCUGAAAGAAAAUAGAGAAUGCUUUACGAAAUUCUACCAUUUUACCAGAGUGGAUUUUACUCUGUAGCUAAACUGCCUGUGUUGUUUCAUAAAAAAAGUAGGCGUCUGAAUCCAUUUUAGUUAUAGUGGUUUUGUUUAUUUGUGUAAUGUACUUAUAAUUGGGGGACUUGGUGGGGUUGGUUUUGUUUUGAUUUUUGGUUUUUGUUACUUAGGGCUGAGAGCUAGAUGGCUGUCUGAUGCACUGUACUAAACCUUCUCCAAGUGCUGUUGUACAGCAUGAAAUCCUAUUUUACAGUCAUUCCAGGUUAGUAGGGUGCAUUCAAAAGUAUAUCCCUCUUUUUUUUUUUUUCUUUUUGCUAAUGUGCCAUUACAACAGAUUUUACAGUUUUUUCUCACUCAAGUCUGCAGGGCCACCUCAUGUGUGUGAGAACAAUCUAGAGAACAUGUAUUUUAUGCAUUAACAGGAUUGAUUACUUUGAGCAGAAGUAAACAGGAUUGUUUAUUUUGCAUUGAAGAUAAUGGUAUUUCAUGGUGUCAUUAAAAUGACUUAUAUUAACCUUUCUUAGUUGGCAUCUUCACCAUAAAAGUGCUCAACUUCAGUCAGCCCCUAGGCUGAGCUUGCAAAAGUAGGGCACUAAAAAUCAUACAUAAAUGUAUGUAUGUAUGUGUGUGUGUAUAUAUAUAUAUAUCUCUCAACAAGUCUUUAACCAUAUAACCCAACAAAGUCUGAGGUAUAUUUCAAUUAAGCAGUACGCCAUUACAGAAAACAGUAAGCUUUCAUGACAAAUUUUUUUUUUGCAAUUCCAAAUUCCAUACAAAUUUCCACACUGCCUCCUUGAUUAUCCCACAAAUGAUCCCAUUGAAGCUGGUGGUGGUUACUGUGAAAUGAGUGCAUUACUCAGUAUGUUAGAAUUGGAUGUCCAUAUUAGUUUUGUAAUUUAGAUUGUGGCAAGGCCUGUAUGUGCUAUACAAAAUUAAGGAUUCAGAGUAAGUUGAAGUUCAUAGUGAUGGAAGAACAAAUUCUUCCUAAAGUAAGUCAUUAUCUUUGAGUUUAAGACUUAACACCUAAUAAGAAAUAUAAACAAUAGGAUAUCUGAUAGAAAUUUGAUGUGGAGCUGGGUUUUUGUUUGUUUGGGUUUUUUUAAUGUGGAAUAGAAGUAAUAUUUUACCCAUCUUUGUUUCUCCUAAGAAGAUUUUUAGGACUGAAGAGCUGACAAUUUGAAGGUAGACCAGUAAGGGGAGCUCUUACCAAUAUUUUAAGCUGCUUUAAAAAAAAUUGUUGCAGCUUGGGCAAUGGUGGUUCAGAGACUUACUGUGCUUUGGAACAUUAGAUAUGCUUUCAACUAGAGAUGAACGUUCAACUUCAAAGGAUCCUUCUCAAAAGAUAUUUUCUGUUGGAGAUUUUGGAAUAUUUUUAGCUCAGAAAUUUCUUAGAUGUUUAGGUAUCCAGUGUUUCCUUUCUAAACUGAGGUACACAGCCAUGUUCCAUUAAAAUGAUGUCUGAAAUGUGGUCUUCCUGUCAGAUGUUACUGGUAGGUCUGUGUAUCUCCCCACCAUGAGCCUGCUUUAGAAGUUGCUCCAUAUUAAGUUACAUAAUUUUCAGUGAGUGUAAAUCAAAAGAAGACAUUGUUGAUAAGAAGUAACAUUUAUUAUUUUUUUCCUCUUUGUUUCCUCCUAAUACAAAAUGCAUGUGAUUGUAGGGUACCUGUUCCUCAAAUCACAUGCAUCAUGCUGUAUGGAAGAAGACCAUGCAACAUUCAGUCUUACUGUAUUUGAGUCUGCACUGGGGAUUUCUGCAUCUAUAUCCUUACAGUGUUGCUCAUAGUGCAUGCAAAUGAGACAUAGAGAAAGUUUUCCCCUCAUUGACCCCCAAAUGAGUAGCUUUAUUGGUUUACACGUAUAUAAUGGUAAAAUUCAGUAUGUUCCCUAAACAAACAAAAAACUGCAACACCUACCAAUUGAGUUUUAAUAUGAGGGGAAACCUCCCCUAAGAAUUUGAAUAUUAGGGAUUGUAUUUUUCACGUAGACUGAAAAAGUAAUUUUCUCACUUCUGAUUGCAUAGCACUAGUAAGAUGAUUAACUGCAGAAUAGAAACAGACUAUAAAAUUGCUGCCCAGUGAAAAUACUUUAAAAGUGAAAAUUUUAGACCAUUAUUGUUAGCUUUUAGCUUUUUGUGCUUGAGCAAUUUGAGGUGUUAGUAACAACAAUUGUAAGGUUCCUGGAAGAAGUCUUAAGACUCAUAAUACCCAUGCAGGAAUGUGCUUGAACACACCAAAGGAAACCCAUCCAACACCAAAACUGACAGAUAAUUGGUUAGCCACAUAACUAUUCCCUCAGGAAAGAAACAGCAAGCAAAAUUUCUGGAUGACUACAGACUGAAGGAGUUGGCUGUCAGAGCUGUACAGCUCUGUUUCUAUUACAGAAAGGAUGGACCCAGCUGUAAAUCGCAGGAUGUGCAGAGUGAUGGGUACGCUUGCAGUUGCGAAGAUACCCCUUGCAGAUAAGAUAGUAGUGCAUGUUUCUGCAAUUUUGGCAUAGCUCAUACACUGUCAGUAGAGAGAGAUACACCAAGCAAAUGAUCUCUCACCAUUUUGUGUGUCGUGGUCCUGAUGUGAGCAGAGGGGUGAGAUGGGAGGGCAAAAGAGAAAAAAGGCAGGAAAGAGGGGGAAGAGUAUUUUAGGCUUGUAACUAUUAUUUCCUUUUAAUGCUGAAAUUGAGCAAGAUCAGAAGGAGCAUAAAGAUCAAAAAAUUUACUUGCAAUUAACUAGAACUUAAUUGGUUUACAAAAGGUUCUGUGUUUAUCAUCAGACCCAACAUAUCAACAAGGACUGGGAGAGAAAAUUUUCUUAAUAUUACACCUCCUAUUCUACAUUGUCCUGAAUGGGACCACUUUUCUAUGUGGAAUGAUACUGUAGUUUUACUUCCUCUUAAUCUCUUUGUUCUCCUACACUGGCAACUUUAUUUGGUGUAAGACAUGUUUUGCAUGUGUGUCAUAUGUAUGUCAUUAGAUAUACAGGUAUUCCAGAAGCUAGAGAUUCAGCAGCAGUGAGUAACCCUGGAAUACUGAUGACCUUCUGUAUCAUCAACCAGCUUGAAAUUAAGAUAUGACAAAAAAAUGUCUCUUCAGCUGUAAAAUGAAGCAUGCUCCCUAUAUUUGAUUUUGCUUUUGGUCUAAAUGGAGACUAAUUUUAUCUUUUAAUUUUAGGAAAGUUAUGGAAUCAGAAUAAAACUGAAGAAAAAUGAAGCCUGGUUUCUUAAUGAAUAUUUGAAAUCAAUAUUGAGUUGGAAGAAUCCAGGAAUUUCAAGUUUUGAGUAGCGGGCAUCUUACAAGAUUACCACACCUAAACUGAAAAGGCAGAUGCAGCUCUGAGUACCAGAUUGGUGUGUGCACUGCAUAUACAUGAAAACCCACGUUUUUGUCAUCACGUAGACUUGCUCUGGCGUAUUCCUGAGAGCUUUGCAAUUGAUGAAAAUUAAUUUGAGAACCAGAUGCAGCACCUUUGCAGCACAGGAAUCAGUAAUCCAUGGAAAGACACCUGCCAGUAAUGUUCAACUUUCCACAUGGUCUUCACAGGUGAAAAAAGUUUGCAAGAAGAGAAAGAAAAAACACCCUCUGCGCAGAAAAAGCCUAAUAAAAACCUCCACAAUCUAAAUCAAUAGCUGUGAGGGAAACAGAAGAAUCAAGAGGGCAGAGGAGACUGAUUUAGUUCUAGCAGAGGAAUAAUGUAUGGUCUUCAGCACAUUUUGCUUUGGGCUCAGUAGAUUGUGAAUGGACUAAUAAAUUGUGACCUUCUGCUGAGUAAUGAUGACUGGAAGUAAAUAAGUUGAGGAACUAUGGGACAAGUCUGGGCAUUGAACUGAGCAAACCUCGCCAUCCUUCUUGAGUUAACCAGGUCAUCAAACUUGCAUAUUCUUUCUCCCUCUCCUUUUUCCUCUUUUCACUUAGUGUGGUAUAAGUACUAGCUAAUUGAGCUUAUAAAUGUUAUUCAAAUAAAACGAUUGGAAUACUUCAUAUGUUUCCUUCUUGUAGAGCUGCAAAUGUUGUGUCUGGAACUAUGAAUCUGUGCUGUAGACAAGCAUCAAGAAGGAAAGAUCUGAUCAAACAAGCAAGGAAAAUACCUAGAGAAAUAGUGAACCCAGGAAGUCAGAUUUUUAAUGCUGCUUCUCUUUCUUUUUUAGAUGAUUAUAUUUCUUCCUUCCUUGAAUUUUAGAAGAUUUUGAAAGAGUGCUUACUUGAUGUGCUUUAAUUCUGGCAUUUGUUUUUUAUGGUAGAAUGAAAAGUCUGUGAUUCCUUGUAGCAGAAAAAAAGGGAAAAGUAAAGGAAAAACAGCUUGACAUUUUAGCCUGUUUCACAGGAGAGAGAACUUCAUGGUUCACCUGAGGCAAACUUACCUACUUUGAAAGCUAAAAGCUUUAGAGCAUUUUUGAUUCUGCUAUAAAUGAAGAGGGGGUUCUUUUUCAUUCGUGUGUGGCAGCAAAAAGUGGGAAAGCAGGCAAGAUAGCGCGAUAAACAGUUCAGGCUGUGUUGGGUCUCUGGUGGAAAAAAAGUGCUGCAAUGAAAAUUGGAUUGGCUUUGGAUUGCAAAAACUUUUGAGUCCAACGAGCAGUUCAGUACCAAGAGGGAUUUCCCAACUGGCCUGGCACACCAGUGCCUGCACAAGUUCGGGUCUGUUGUUUCACACGGUUUGUGUGCCUUUUUUUCCCUUUAUGCAAUCUCUUUCAGCUUUAGCAGCAGAAAUACAUCAGAUGGAAAAGAUAUGCCAGAGGGCAGCUUGGAAAAGAGGAAUGUCAUAUAUAUACAUAUAUAUGUAUGUGCGUGUGUUUAAAUUUCUGCAACUGAACUUUUGAAGAAAAUCUGACUGGAGGAAAUUUUAAAAGCCUUAAGUUACUUGAAACCUACACAUUUGCAACUCUUUGUCUCUGGAAUUGCAUUACACUAAACUGGAAUCUCAGGCUGUAUAAAGAUUAUAUCAAGUUGAGCAAAAAGAUGACUUAACCAUUUCUCGAGCGCCUCUUAUGAAGUAGCUGUUUCUCCAAAGGAUAAGUGCACCCCCACUCUACAGACUCAAACAAAAAUGAACCUGAAUUUUUUUUUUAAGUGUUACUUUUUCUUAGCCAACUGCCAUCAUCUUUUAUAGAGGAAUUUUUCACUAUGCAUUUGGUGGAUAUUUAUAAACACUGACCCCAUCCUCCUCCCUUUCAAUGAUCUAUCCCAGGUCAGUCUUACCAAUAAAAAAAAAAAAUUGAUUUAAAUUUUGUGCACUAGACAUAUUACUUUCUUAUGUCAAAAAAUAAAAUAUUUAAAAAGCAUGUAUGCAGCAGUGGAACAUGGGCCUGUUCUUUGCAGCGAUUCCAACAUCCUCUGCCUCUCCUGGAAAGGGAGAGUCCCCAAGAGUGAGAAGGAGAAACCAGUGUGCAGGAGGCGGUACUAUGAGGAAGGCUGGUUGGCAACAGGCAAUGGCAGAGGAGUUGUAGGCGUCACUUUUACUUCCAGCCAUUGCAGGAGGGACCGGAACACCCCUCAGAGAAUCAACUUCAAUUUGAGGGGCCACAACAGUGAGGUUGUGCUGGUGAGAUGGAACGAACCUUUCCAGAAAUUAGCAACCUGUGAUGCAGAUGGAGGAAUAUUUGUUUGGAUACAAUACGAAGGCAGAUGGUCAGUGGAGCUUGUCAACGAUCGUGGGGCACAGGUAAGCGACUUUACAUGGAGCCAUGAUGGGACUCAGGCACUUAUCUCCUAUAGAGAUGGAUUUGUGCUGGUCGGUUCAGUCAGCGGACAAAGACACUGGUCUUCAGAAAUAAACUUGGAGAGUCAGAUCACCUGUGGCAUAUGGACUCCAGAUGACCAACAGGUACUGUUUGGCACUGCUGAUGGACAGGUUAUUGUCAUGGACUGCCAUGGCCGAAUGCUGGCCCACGUGCUCCUUCACGAGUCAGAUGGCAUCCUCAACAUGUCCUGGAACUACCCCAGCUUCCUGGUGGAGGACAGCAGCGAGAGCGACACGGACUCUGACGACUAUUCCCCACCACAAGAUGGACCAGCUGCAUAUCCAGUCCCAGUGCAGAACACCAAGCCACUACUUACUGUCAGCUUCACGUCAGGAGACAUCAGUUUAAUGAACAAUUACGAUGACUUGUCUCCUACUAUCAUCCGCUCAGGGUUGAAAGAUGUGGUGGUACAGUGGUGCACACAAGGAGACCUGCUUGCAGUAGCAGGCAUGGAGAAGCAGAACCAGCUGGUUGACCUCAGCAAUGGUUCCCUGUUGAAAAGCGCACUUGUCAAGUUCUACAACGUGCGUGGGGAACAUAUCUACACUCUGGAGACACCUGUGCAGCGUCCCAUCAUCUCGAUCUGUUGGGGUCACAGGGAUUCCCGCCUGCUGAUGGCUUCUGGGCCCGCGCUGUACGUGGUCAGAGUGGAGCACAGGGUCUCCAGUCUGCAGCUGCUGUGCCAGCAGACCAUCGCCAGCUCUCUGCGGGAUGACAAGGACAUCAGCAAGCUGACCCUGCCCCCUCGGCUCUGCUCGUACCUCACCACUGCCUUUAUACCAACAAUCAAGCCUCCAAUCCCAGACCCAAACAAUAUGAGAGAUUUUGUCAGCUACCCAACAGCUGGUAAUGAACGGCUUCACUGCACGAUGAAGCGGACAGAAGAUGACCCAGAGGUCGGUGGUCCAUGUUACACUCUGUACUUGGAAUACCUUGGGGGACUGGUGCCCAUCCUGAAAGGACGUCGUAUCAGCAAGUUGCGGCCAGAGUUUGUCAUCAUGGAUCCUAAAACAGACGGAAAAGCAGAUGAAAUCUAUGGAAACAGCUUGAUUUCCACUGUGAUUGACAGCUGCAACUGCUCUGACUCCAGCGAUAUCGAACUCAGUGAUGACUGGGCAGCAAAGAAAUCUCCAAAAAUCAGUCGAGCUAGCAAAUCACCUAAACUCCCCAGAAUCAAUAUAGAAGCUCGCAAAUCUCCAAAGAUGUCACGAGCUGCACAGGAGAUCUCAAGGUCGCCAAGGUUACCAAUACGGAAACCCUCUAUUGGUUCGCCAAGCCUGACACGAAGAGAGUUUCCUUUAGAAGAUAUUACUCAGCACAACUACCUUGCUCAGGUCACAUCUAAUAUCUGGGGAACCAAAUUCAAAAUUGUGGGCUUGGCUGCUUUCCUACCAACUAACCUUGGUGCAGUAAUAUAUAAAACCAGUUUGCUGCAUCUGCAGCCCAGGCAGAUGACAAUAUAUCUCCCAGAAGUGCGGAAGAUUUCAAUGGACUACAUUAACAUGCCUGUCUUUAACCCAAAUGUUUUCAGUGAAGACGAAGAUGAUUUACCAGUGCCUGGCGCCCCCGGCGCGCCCGCCAGCAGCCCGCCCUGCACCGUCAACAUCCCCAUCGCGCCCAUCCACAGCUCGGCGCAGGCCAUGUCGCCCACGCAGAGCAUCGGCCUGGUCCAGUCGCUGCUCGCCAACCAGAACGUGCAGCUGGACGUGCUGGCCAACCCGCCGGCCGAGGCGGGGGGCGAGGGGCCGGGACCCUUCCCGGGGGCUCCGGGCCGCUUUCCCGGCCCCGGGGCGGCGGCGCUGGCCGUGGGGGAGCUGGGCCGCCCCGCCCCGCCGCCGCCGCCGCUGGCCCCGCCGCCCCCCGCGCCCCCCGCCAUCGCCCUGGCCGACCUGCGGGACCACGGCGACCGCGAGCAUGAGCCCCCGCCCAAGGCCAAGGCCCCGCGGCCGGGGCCACAGCUGGUAGAAGGGGACACCGUCAUCUUCGGGGCCGCUCAGGAGCUGCAGCUGAACAAGAUGAACCCGCCGCCUCCCUACCCCGGCACCAUCCCCGCCGCGCCCGCCACCGCCCUGCCGCCCCCGCCCGGCCCCCCGCAGCCGCCCCUCGAUCUCUGCCUCAAGAAGGGAGAGUUCUCCCUCUACCCGGCGGGGCACUACCAGACGCCCCUGGGGUACGAGCGGAUAACUACGUUCGACAGCAGCGGGAACGUGGAGGAGGUGUGCCGGCCUCGCACCAGGAUGCUCUGUGCCCAGAGCACCUACACCCUGCCGGGCCCCGGCAGCUCUGCCACCUUGCGCAUCACAGCUGCCGAGAAGAAGAUGCAGCAGCCCUGUGCCAGCGCCACCUUGAACCGGCUCACGGUCCCCCGUUACUCCAUCCCAACCGGGGACCCGCCGCCCUACCCUGACAUUGCCAGCCAGCUGUCCCAGGGCAGAAGCAUGGCUCAGAGGCUGGACAGCAGUAUCAUUCAUGCUACUCUGCGGAGGAACAGCAGAGAGGCAGCGCUGAAAAUGGCUCAGCUGAUGGAUGGUCAGAGAGCCACCUUGCAACUUCCCCCUAAGGCCAAGAGCAACAUUGUGACGGCACAGUACCAGCAGAGAGUACCCACGGCCUUGUACACCUGCAGCCAAUGCAGCAGUGGUGGCAUUGGCAACAGCAGCAGUGCGAGUGCUGGUGGUGCGGGCAACAUCGCUAGUGCCAGCACUUCCAGUAUUGGUGGCAUGAGACCUGAUCUGAGCACGGGGAGUGGCUCCCAACACAGCUCUGUCAUUGCUCACUCUGUCAGUACUUCGCCUCUGGCCUCCCAGUCCUCCUACAGCUUGCUGAGCCCGCCUGACAAUUCCCGUGACCGAGCGGAUUAUAUCAACUCCGCCUUCACGGAGGAUGAGGCCCUUUCUCAGCACUGCCCGGUGGAGAAAUCAGUACGGCACGUACCUGUGUCCUUGACAGAGGCUACCCUUAGUGUAAAACGGCCACCACCAUACCAGUGGGAUCCUAUGGUGAGUGAAGAGAUAUGGGUUCCUCAGGAAAGGACAUCUCAGAGCUCAGUGCCCAACCCUCUAAAACCUCCUCCGCUCAUCAUUGGUCAAGCUCAACAUCUGGAUAUGUCUCGAGUGCCAUUUGUUUCCCCCAAGUCUCCAACCAGUCCCACUGCCACUUUUCAGACGAAUUACGGGGUUGGAGUACCUUACCCAGGAGGCUACAGUGCCCCACCCCUUCAGGGAAUGCAGGCCCCCUGCUCCCCCAAAGAAGCUCUGGCCCCAACACAGUUUGCACAGCAGGAGCCCACAGUUGUGCUUCAGCCAAGUUAUCCAUCCAACCUCUCCUAUUGCCCUUUGCCACCCAUGUACCCGGGAAGUAGCACUUGCUCUAGUUUACAGCUGCCACCGAUCGCCUUGCACCCAUGGAGCUCCUACAGCACCUGCCCACCUGUACAGAACCCCCAGGGCACCUUGCCCCCCAAGCCACUCCUUGUGGUGGAGAAGCCAGUGAUGUCUCCCCCGCCAGCAGAGCUGCAGGGCCAUGUGGGCACAGAGGUAAUGGUGGAGACCGCAGACACUUUCCAGGAGGUGCUCUCCUUGACAGAAAGCCCUGUUCCUCAAAGGACAGACAAAUUUGGCAAGAAGAGUCGGAAACGCCUGGACAGUCGAGCUGAGGAAGGAAAUGUGCAGGCUAUCACUGAGGGCAAGGUCAAAAAGGAGGCAAGGACACUGACUGACUUCAAUUCACUGAUAGCCAGCCCUCGGCUGGGGAGGGAGAAGAAGAAGGUCAAGAGCCAGAAAGAUCAGCUGAAGUCCAAGAAACUGAACAAGACGAAUGAGUUUCAGGACAGUUCAGAGAGUGAGCCAGAGCUUUUUAUCAGUGGAGAUGAACUGAUGAACCAGAGUCAGGGCAGUAAAAAGGGUUGGAAAACUAAAAGGAGUUUGAGGACAGCCAGUGAGCUGGAUGAAUUCAAGUGCCGGAAGGCCAGUGAGAAGGAGGAUGGGAGACUGGGAAGCCAAGGCUUUGUGUAUGUGAUGGCCAACAAGCAGCCACUGUGGAAUGAGGCAACGCAAGUCUACCAGCUGGACUUCGGAGGGCGGGUGACCCAGGAGUCAGCAAAAAACUUCCAGAUUGAGCUGGAAGGACGACAGGUGAUGCAGUUUGGAAGAAUUGAUGGCAAUGCUUACAUUUUGGACUUUCAGUAUCCAUUUUCUGCAGUGCAAGCCUUUGCUGUUGCUCUGGCUAAUGUGACUCAACGCCUCAAAUGAACAAGCAGAGACUGGAGAGAGGAAAAUAAUAACCUUCUCAUAAAGUCCAAACCGGAAAAUGUCAGGGCAGCCUGCUUUAGGUGUGCAGAGAUGCCUGGGAGUUAAGAAGGCAGUAAAACUGGAAAAGUCUCUUGGUGCCCACCAGAAGGGCAUUAACUCUAAUCAGUCUCGGGGUGGAGGGUGGGGGGCUGUUUUCUGUUUGUUUGUUUGUUAGCUUGUUUGUUUUCCGGUUUCUUUUUCUUUUCAAGCGUUGUGCUGGGUCUCAGAAAGAGCGAAGGGUUGAGAACCAUUCAGUGUUACGUGGAGAAGUGUGGCUUUUGGCUUGUUGUGGUGGUUCUGCUGUGUGUGCUACAGUAGCUGGUGUAAGCUCAUGGGGGGAUUAAAACAGACUGCUCUUUUUGAUAGACUGCCUUAUCUCAUGCUCUUCUUUUUAAAACAGGGAACAUGACUUUUUUCUGGUCCAGUUUGUACUACUACUACUACUACUCUAUUACUAAAACGUCAGUGAUAGCAACAAAAAAGUAGAAAAAAAAAAGAAGCUGUAAUACUUGAAGAUAUGUUUCUUCUCUGAUAUCUGCUAAUAAAUGAGCACCACAGGUUCCAGGGAGGCUUAUAUAGGUAAACAUUUAAUUUACAAACAGUGAUGAGAAAGAGAAGAGAAAAAAUUGUUGCUGAUGGGUUGUCAUGGUUUACGAAUGGUAUUCCCCAACUUAGUGUUUCCACAAAAACACUCCAAACCAUGCACCACUCGCUCACUCCCCUGUCCCCUUUUCCCUUCCCUGUGGUGGGAUGAAGAGGAGAAUUGGAGGCACAAAAGGUAAAGAUCACAGGUAGAGAUAAGAAUGAUUUACUGCAAACAGCAGUAAAUAAGAAAUAAGAAAACAAACAGUAACAGCAGCAGUGUUAAUAACAGAGUGCAGAGAGGCGAAGGAUUCACACGUGAGUGCUCACCACGGGGAAAGCUCUGCCAAUACCUGACUGUGCUGCCACACUAUGCCAGCCAGAUGGGACCCCUUCCCACGGCCCCAGAACAUGAUGGGAGGUGGUAUAGAAUAACCUCUGAGUUCUAGCCAUGUCCUCUCCUGGCUACUGCAAAAAUUAACUCUGUCCUGGCUAGAACCAGAGUUUAAAAACCCACUGUAUCAAAGAAGUUGAUGUCUGCUUGUUUUGUGUGCUGUUAUUGAGGAUAAACAUCUUUCAGUAGGUGACAGAAGACAGAGGAGCAAAUAGUUACAAGCAUUGCUUCUUUUGUUACUGGCAUAAACAUCUUUCAGUAGGUGAGAGAAAACUGGAGAGGAAAUAAUCAUGAGCAUUGCUUUUUUCUUCACAUUGGUCAGCAGUAUUCUCUGAUUUGGCCUGUAGCUGGGAGAGGUACAGUGUGAUCAGAUCUAUCUCUGAGGCUGUGCCUGUGCUUGUUCCUCGUUUCAGUGUGUUUACACUGUGUAAACAGUCUUUCCAGCAAAUGAGAAGACCCAGUGUAUUCAGUCCUCUUAGCAAUCAGUAUCAAUCAAAUGCUACAACAGUGCUUGAGUUAGGAAGGAGACAGAAGUGUAGCAGGUCAUUACAAGAAGAAAUUUCAUCAGGGAAGGAAAUUCAUUACAGAAAACAACAUCAUGGCUGGCUGGAGAACAAAUGAGUUGAAAAAGAAAGGAAAAACUGGACAGAAUCGUCUUUUGUCACCUUGCUACUUGGUCCAGCUAAGAGCAGGAAGCCAAUGUCAACAUGGAGUGUUACAGAGGAAAGCUUAAUAACAGCAGUAUGACUGUGCAGAUCUCUCUGGUGCACAUGCAGACCUGUUGAGCAUUUCAGAAGGUUGCUUGCACAGAAGAGUUUCUUUUUUGUCCACGUGUUGUGCACAUGUUUAUUUACUUUUUCUCUUUCUUCCUGGUCAGCAUUUUGCUACAGAAUAUGUUUUGAUAUGGAAGUAGUUUGACCAGUGUUACACAAACUCCCAAAGUAUUCAUAUAAUUAUUUGGACAUUAGAUUACAAAACAUCACAGCAGAUUUUUUUCAAGGCCCACUGGGAAAGAUUUGCUGGUUGAGAUGUCGGUGGCUGCUUUGUCUUUCGUCCACAUUUUAACUUCUUUACUUGAAAAACUUGGUAUAAUUUAAGAUGAAUAUGUGUGAUUUUCUCUUUUUCUUGAGUCCUAGUAGUAGAGCAGAUGUGUGUUGCAUUUGAUUUAUUCUAGAGGAACAUUUCACAUAAGACCCUGCUGUAGUAGAAAUUACCAAUACACAGUGAGCUUCUAAAUUCUGCUCUGCUGAGGCUUCCAGAGCUGUACAACACAGAGGAGCAAUGCCAGUCAGAGGAGUUUCAGAGAGUUGCCAAGGGAGGGGAUGAGUUAGAUUGGGUAAUGCCCCACAGGGUAGGUCCAGGAAAAAACACCUGUAAGAUGGUUUCAUUGGAGAGAGGAAAGAGAAGUAGGAAGGAAGGAGCAGGGCAGUAGAUGGUACCAUGCCUGUAUUAUCCCAAAGCUUAGCAGCUUCUGCUUUUGUGUGAGAUUGGUCAGGCUCAACAUGACCCUUGGCAUCUAUCAGAUUGUUGUUUUCUUUAAUUAAUUAGUUUUGUUUCCAUUAAUUGUCUGGGCCCGUUUGUGUUCUUUUUCACGUGCAUGAUUUAUUCAGCAGUUUGAGUGCCUGUAUGUAUAACGUGUAUGGAACAAAGGAACCGAAAUAGAUUUGGUUCUGGUCCCUUGAAAAUCAAUGGAAAUGUUUAACUUGUUUUUUAUUGAGGAAACACUAUUAAGCCCCUUGUCUAUAUUGAGUUAUAUACUGUAAAAACAGUAGGUUGAAUUCUUAGUCCAUUGAUCCCAGUACACAAAGAGGGAAGUUGGCUGAUGAGAAUCCUCACCUGCCCUAAGGUCUGUGCUAGCCAGCUGUACCCUAAUUAGUGUUUCACAGGCGCACACUGAACACUCUAAGACAAGAAACAUACCAGGGCUGGCUUGUUUGCUUGCUGAGGGAAGGGCCACUUAGUCAUGUGUCGGAAAUACUCAGCUGGAAGAACAUCAUUAGCCAAAAUUCUUAUUACAUGGAAACAAAGCGAAUAUUCUUUUCUGAAGAAAAUCUCAUUAAGUAGAAGAACUACAGCAUACAGUUUCUUUAACCUUCCAGAGAACAUUAUUCCUCUUCACUUCGUUCAUUGCCAAAAUUUUCCAGUUAUUAGCAGUUUUAUUCUAAUGGAGAACCAAGAUCUGAAACCCGAUAAAAACAAGUAGCAGAGUUAGUAAUUUGGUUUCAUUGGUCCAGGUCAUGAUUGCAUCCUUCUGAUGGCACUCACAAAGAGCCUUGGCAUAGAAAGAGCUCUGGUUUCUGCCCCAGCAAAGAACAAGGAAUAAUUAUAAAAAUUUGGGAAAAUAAAUGCUAUUUCCAACAUCCUUUCUGUUUACUUGUCAGAAAAUUCUAUAAGAUAAGAUAAUCUUUUAUCUUUUUGAAAAUAACUUAGCCAAGUCUCUUUAACUGAUUUUAAUGUGUAGAGAAUACCCUGUAUUAGAGAGAGAAAAUGCUCUCAAAUAUAUAGAAUUUUAAUGAAAGGAGUGGGAAAUAUGUAAAAGUCUGAGUGUACAACUGGAUCCUAAAUUAUACAAAGAACAAGUGAAAGUUGGUUUAUUUCCAUUGAGAUACAAUAUAGGAAACAAAUUUAAGAACGCCUCCAAUUAGUCACUUAAAUCCUGAAGAUUGCUAUUGCAUUCAGCCAAAAGAUAGGUGUUACAUUUUCUAUUUCAUUAGUGAAACUCAGUUUUUCUGUAGAUAACUUGAGUUCUUCUAGGAAGAAUGUAGCAAAGUGUUCAGAAAUAUCUAGUUCUGUUAUAAAUGCAGUAAUUUCCACUAGUAAAGGAUGUUUUUUCCAAAGCUUUUUUUUCAGUUGUGCAAUAAUUUUAACAGUCUAGGGAGUUUGUUUGUUUCUCUUGGGUUGGUUUUUUGUUUUGUUUUAGUUUGGGUUUGAUUUUUCUUUAGGGAGUUUUGAGUGGUUUUUUAAAGAUAAUUUAAUGCAGAUUUCCUGUUAAUGUCCAAAAGACAAAUUAUUUUUCUUGUGUAAUGUAAUGAGUGAUUUAGGGAUUAUUUUAUUACUAUGUAUCAGUGAGUUAUACACACUUAUUUAUAUUUAAAGAGCAUCUUUGUAAGCAAUUGUUUGCUAGCAGGUAUAUUUUGCAGCAAGAAAUUAAAAAUGUUUCUAGGAAGACCUGGUUUUGCUGGAUAAUAUGCAAAAAAUUCAUAAUGCAGGCAAAAAUAUUUUUUGGCAGCUAAAUGCAAUGCGUUUGUUAUGGAGGAGAACUGUGUAGACUACAAAGAGUCUAGGUGACUAGUCUUUGGGACCUGCAGAAAUCUGUCUUCUGUUUUCCUCCUUUCUUUGUAACUAUACUUUGGUUGGGAGUGGCUUAAAAAUACAAGGCAUGGUUUGCUUUUUCUUGAAGUACAAGAUAAGGUGGGUUAUGUGAUAAGAGAGGCUAUAACACCAUGGGCUAUUUGUAAGGAGAUCAUUGUGUAGUUAGUAGGGUUUGGCGAUGGCAUAGUUCAGUGCCAGGUGGAGAUACAGGCAAACUAGCUUGGAAUAAGAUAAGGCACAAGGAAUGGUGUAGCAGUAGAAGCAUUUUCCUCUGCUCAGCCUUACAAUGCUCCUUCUUCAGCUGGGUUCAGCUGGCUCCAGCACAGCCACAAUGCUUCUGGCAGGUGCUGCACAGAGCUGAUGGAGCUGUGCCCUGACGUUGCCUGCAGCAGCUUUGCCUCUUCAAGACACUCCAUAGGAGACCUGUUGGAGCAGGUGUUCCUCCACUCAUCCUUCUAGGUCUACUCCAAGAGCAGUGUGAGGUUGCCAUGCAGUUUGGCUGCAACAGCAUUGGGCAGAGAAAGCCCUGAUGCCAGGCAGCAGCCAUGGUGUCCAUCUGAAGUGAGAAUCUGCUCUGCUGGUGUUGCAAAGGGAUGAAACCAAAAACCUGAUUCUUUUGAAAAAAUAAUGGUGAUAUCCUCGAAAUAGAUCUCCUAACAGAGUCUAAAAAUUGAUACUCAAAGUCUGGCAUAUAAAGAGUGGCAAAUUUUAGCUUGAAACAAGCUAAGUAUAUAUCAGUAAGAAUACAUGUUUCUGCAACAUCCUGAGAAACUAUGAAAAGGUGGGGGGUGACAGAGGAAGAAAAAAGGAAUUAUCACAUUAGCAAUUUUGCACUCAGUUCCAGAGAUCGCAGUAACAUGUGCCAUGGGCUCCCUGAAUAUCAGUAAAUCUGCACACAGGUUCAUUUCAGUGACAGAAGUUUUCUGUGAUGCAGCCACAAGUAAAACAGUGUUUUUAUGAAGAUGCGUGAAGGUCUACAGGUGUCAGGCAAGGAUAUCUAACUUUGCUGAAGCCUUCAGCCUAAACUUUCCAUAGGUCCAGCCUUUCCUUGAUGUGUCUUUUUAGUGUCCUCUCAGAAAUUACAAACAGAUUUUGGAGCUUGCCUGAUUGUUGCCUCAGACAAUUUCUGUGCAUUUGCUUUUUGCAGCCUGAUGUGUGUGAUCCUGUAUUACCUUGGUGCCCUCUUACCUCUCAGAAACAUUUUACAUCCUCAUAUAAAAAGAGCAGCAAGUGCAAAAACUGAUUUGAUGAAGUGAAAGGGAAGAGAAGACACAGUAAAUUUUUGUUAACUUUUAAGAAUGUGUUUCCCAGAGCAACAGUUUGGAAAUUGCACAUGUCUGCAGGGCCCAAAUUACUCCAGACCAGUAAAUCAGAGACUGGUAAGAGAUGAGACCCUUGUGUGGCAUGCUGACAGAGGGCCAACUUCCAACCUCACUACAUGGUUACACCAAGAGAGCAGAACCCAAACCAAAAUGUACUUCCCCAUUAUUGUGUGAUUAUAAGGUAAAGAUGACUUGUAUGACCCAUACAUCUACUCAAGGAAAUUAUAGAGCAUUAGACAACAGACAUGUUGACAGCUCCAUAUAACCCCCCUUGAAGAAUGCUAGAAGUAAAAUCCUGGCCACAGAGUAGUCAUUCAGAUUUUUGACUUGGUUAUUCCCCUUCCUAGGAUUUCAUCACAGGACAGGAGGGCAAGCUGUUUAUGUUAUUUAGGGAUUGGCAUAAUGGUUUUCCCAGUGUAAGAGAGCAAGUCAGCUAUACUGCUUACAAAAAUGGGGAAAUCCUAGUAGACAAAUUUUGUUUGUAUUCAUGUCCCUUCUCCUUCAAGGCACAAACCUUCAUUAGCAAAUACCAAUUUAGAGUUCUGCUGCCCUCAGGAGUAGUCUGCAGAGAGAUACCACAGGUCCUCUUUACAGGAUUGGAAUUUACAUGCACCAUUCUCAAAGGAAUAAAAUUAAUUACGACUUGUGAACAAUGGUCUAUGCGAUUCAUUUUGUCUUUGUAUUUAUUUAAUUUUCUUCUUAAAAAGUCCCACAGAGAUGUUUUAAGAUGAAAAGACUGCUUUCCCUCUUGCCUGAUGUCGCCGAAGUUGUAUCAGGAGUUUCUUUGGGCGGUUUGAUUGUUGCUGCAUCUUGAAAAUUUUUAAGGCAAAAGCAAUUAAUGAAACAAAAGAAUGAAAUGUGAUUCAGUGAAGCAGUUCUUGCUAAGAAAACAAAAAGCUUUACCCUUCAACUUUUGAUUUUGCAAAUGAAUCUGUAAGAGAAAUUUGUCUUUUAAGGCAAAUUGAUUGAUUGGGAGCACCAUGCAAGUGCACUGGUUUGCUGACACAGAGCUGACUGCAGGAUCACAACAUGAUUUUGUGAGACAAAAUUAAAUAAAUGAAAACACCAAACACUUACCUAUCCAGAGUGUUCAAUGAAAAAGUUAGAUGGUGUGAUGUCAAAGCCUGCCUGUCUGUUCUUAAUCCUUGCCCUCUGGUUUACAAUUUUAAAAUAUGGUCUGAUUCAGCAAUUCUAAAUCUUGACAAAGGUUGUCUAUUUUUGGAAUUUUAUCUGACUGGCCAAGUAGAUGGCUUAAGAUACAGAUAAAGAUUAAAGUAAUAAUAAAAGAGAAACAUUUUGGAACAGUGUACACACCUGAGUUGCAAGUAUUUCACAGGAAUAAUGCUCAGCCAGUAAUUCCUACCUAUGUUGUUUGAAGCUAUUUGUUCAGAACUUUUCUAACUUUCCCUUUGUUUCUAGUUUGCUUGAUACUUGUUUUGCCUUUGGUUGCUUUUCACUUCCAUUUCACUAUUUCUGCAUUCACUGCUUCUUUUUCUGUUUGUGUGUUGUGUGUUUGGGGAAGGGUAUGUCUGUUCAAGAUCUCGUUGUUUAUUGUAGAUAAAAUAUAUGGUGUUGUGGAAUAGCAUGGGGAUGCAUUGGGUUGAAAAGGCACUGUAGUGUUUCCUGAAAAAGAAGGGGAGUUGCAUUUGUUUAUAAAUGCAUUAUUUUGGUACUAUAAAUUUGAAAGUAAUUUGGGAUUUUUUUUCUUUUUUUUUCCUUUUUUCUUUUUUUUUUUCUUUUUUUUAAAUUUAAUGAGCAUAGAGUCAUGCAGGUGCAUGCAUUCUUAAGUGAGCAAGCCCAGCAUGUUUUUCUUGAGGCUUUGGAAAAUUUGGUACACCAUGUGUGAACUUCACUUACCUAAACUGCUUUUUAAUUCUAUUUUUUUGAAUCUCCUUUUUUUUUUUUCUCCCGAAUUUACCAUGGUAUACUUUGUUUCCAUUGUACCUAAAAACUACCCUGAUCUGCCUCUCCUUUUAUGUAUCUUGUGUAAUAGAUUUUGCAGGAGGUGCCUAGAAAGUAUUGUUGGUUUCGCUAUAAAAAUGUAGUUUGUCCAGAUUCUUUACUGUCUACAUGAUUGAGAGAUGGACUGAUUGCCCUAUUUUUCCUUGAUGAUUUGGAGUUGUAAGAGUUGUCCAGCUGUUGCUUAAUAAAAUUUUGCAGACUAGAAAGUUGCUGAUUUGUUUCUGUUGCAUUCUGCAUCUUGUCAAGCACACAUUAAGUACUUUUAAAGCAGAUGACAAAUCUGUGCUGGAACAACCUGAAUAAUAACCAGCCAGAUGCCAUUAUGCUUUCUCUUUUCAGUAACUGUACCCACAAGUUCCACUGAACCUGAUGCAUGAGCCCCAUCAUACCUUGUGUAAUUCACAUGGGAGGAUGGAUGGCAAAGAUUUUGUGGUGGUGAUGUUCCCAUCUGCCUGGAUAUCAGCUGAUUCUUGUGAUAUAUCUACCCUGUUUGCUUUCCUUUUUAAGGAAAUUGCUUUUGGGGUUUGUGGUAUUUCUCAUUUUGUCAUUGAUAAAUUGGAAACCUUAACAUCACCACAAGGGAUUUCCUCUGUCCUGUCACCUUUAACAACAGAAUAAAAUGCUAUGAUGGCCA